AUGCCCGCGCCCGUCGUCGACGUCGAACCCCCCCAAGGGCCCUCCCAAGCCGUCAAGGACCUCUUAUCCGGCGCGGCCGGCGGUGUCGCCCAGGUGCUCAUUGGACAGCCCUUUGAUAUCGUCAAGGUGCGGCUGCAGACGACGACGCAGUACGCCGGCGCGCUCGACGCCGCGCGCUCCAUCUACCGGCACGAGGGCGCGCUCGCCUUCUACAAGGGCACGCUGACGCCGCUCAUCGGCAUCGGCGCCUGCGUCUCGGUGCAGUUUGCCGCCUUCCACGCCGCCCGCCGCUGGUUCGAGCAGCGCAACAACCGCCCCGGCGAGCGCCUCGGCUACGCCCAGUACUACGCCGCCGGCGCCUUUGCCGGCGUCGCCAACACGGCCCUCUCCAGCCCCAUUGAGCACAUCCGCAUCCGUCUGCAGAGCCAGCCCCACGGCGCCGCCCGCCUGUACGCGGGGCCCGUCGACUGCGUGCGCAAGCUCGUCGCGCAGGGCGGCGGCGUCGCCCGCGGCCUGUACCGCGGCACCUCGGUCACGCUCCUGCGCGAGGCCGCCGCGUACGGCGCCUGGUUCACGGCCUUUGAGUGGAUGAUGAACACCGACGCCCGCCGCACCGGCGUCGACCGCUCCGCCAUUGCCGCCUGGAAGGUCGCCCUCUACGGCGGGCUCGCCGGCGAGGUCCUCUGGCUCGCUUCGUACCCGCUCGACGUCGUCAAGAGCAGGAUGCAGACCGACGGCUUCGGCACUGCGCAAAAGUACCCCUCCAUGCGCAGCUGCUUCGCCGCCACCUGGAGGGCCGACGGCCUCGCCGGCUUCUGGAAGGGCAUCGGACCGACCCUGCUGCGUGCCAUGCCCGUCAGCGCCGGCACCUUUGCCGUCGUCGAGUUCACCAUGCGCGCUCUCGGGUAA